GCACACCAUGCUUCUUUUCCUCUUGAUCAGCAUAACCACCCUGUCCAACGCCACGCCUCCCGCGGCCGCCGGGAAGCCGCCGAGCAACGAGACGAUAUACCGAAUGUCGCAAGGCCUGUGCUGGAACUGCGUGGGAGACGCCAUACAAUUCUUGUACGGGCACAACUUAGUGCGGGCAAGGAAAAUGCAGCUGCCCUUACGCUGGGACUCGGAGCUUGCCCGUUACGCGGCGUGGUGGGCCGGGCAGCGGCGGCGUGACUGCGCGGUGGAGCACUCGUUCCCGGAUGGCGGGUUCACGCUGGGCGAGAACAUAUACUGGGGCAGCGGGCAGGCGUGGACGGCCAUGGACGCCGUGGGUGCGUGGGCCGAUGAGGAGAAGUACUACGAUUACGACACUAACAGCUGCGCCGCCGGCGAGAUGUGCGGCCAUUACACGCAGAUUGUGUGGGGCAGUACGAGGAAGAUCGGGUGCGCUCGAGUUGUUUGCGACGGCGGAGAUGUGUUCAUUACUUGUAAUUACUCCCCACCCGGGAAUUAUGUCGGCGAGAGGCCUUAUUGAUAGUGAAAAAAAGUCUAAUGGGAGGUUCGGUUUGCAAGAUUAUAUCCCAAGAUUAAAUAUGUAUUGUGUUUGGUUCAUGAGAUUGAAUCUCACUACUCAAUACUAGAUGCGAUAAUUAGUUAUA